CGCAGAGGGUUGGCCGGAUUGGUCGGGUCAUUACGUCCAAGAAGGCGUCAUCGUUGCUAUCCGCAUGCGCGAUGACGCACAACUACGUCACUGUCUCGUCCCACCGGCGGCGGGAAUCCUCCGCAGGUGAUCGUGGCUGAUCGGAGCUUGGCGGCCAAGGAUCUUGUAAAGGAGCGUGCAACCUGUGGCAUCAUGGCCGUCGCGUUACCGGCGGUCGUAGAGGAGCUCUUGAGCGAGAUGGCCACGGCAGUGAAGGAAAGCGCGCGAAUUCCUGAUGAGCAUCUAUUAUCACUGAAGUUUAUCUUUGGCUCAUCAGCCAUUCAGGCCUUGGACCUAGUUGAUCGACAGUCCAUCACUUUAAUCUCAUCACCCAGUGGAAGGCAUGUUUACCAGGUACUUGGAAGUUCUGGUAAAACGUACACGUGUUUGGCUUCUUGUCAUUACUGUUCGUGUCCUGCGUUUGCAUUCUCGGUGCUACGGAAGGGUGAUAGCCUACUGUGUAAGCAUCUCUUGGCAAUUUAUCUUAGUCAGAUUAUGAGGACCUGUCAGCAGUUAAGUGUCUCUGACAAGCAAUUGACGGACUUGUUAUUGAUAGAGAAGAAACAAGAAGCAUAACAAGUACAGAUGGAAUAUCAUCAUCUUUCAAAAGUCCCAUUGAGAAAUACUUUCAUCGUGUCAUGAUUCUCAAGGAAAAGAGAUGAAAUGCAUCUUCCAGAAACUUGUUACCCUUCCUUUUCCUCCUGGAUUAUGGGAGGAACUCUGGGUUGGAGCCAAGGGCGAGGGAGGGUAUGCAUAUGGUUUGGAGCCCUGUGAUGUCUUCUCAUGAAAAACCUGGACCAGCCUCUGAACCACUUGGGCAAAAAAUGUCCUUGGAUGGAAUCAAGCACUGUAGCCUGAAAUAAAGUCUAAUACCAUGCUGU